AUGCAUCUGGUUCAGCGCAGUCAUAUGGUCAAAUCCAGCACGGAGCCUCACUUGGAGAUGUUUCUGGACGACGAAUAUCCUCCUAGCGCUAUAUUUCUGGAGUACAUCGCCGGUCUGGAGAUGAUCAGUUUGGAGAAUUACACGGAGCAGCGGAUAGACAAUCUUAUAGAGGGUAUUCGACAAAUAAAUAAGGCGCUAGUGCGACACAGAGACCCUAAGCCACGGAACAUGAUGAUUGUCGCAGAUACUCCAGAUAGGAUAGUCUGGCUAGACUUCGAUCGAGCGGAGACAUACGACGAAGAUAAAAUCACUACCGAACAAAAAGAUCUGAUUGAGGAGAAGUGA